GUUGGUCUGUGUUGGCACAACAGUUUUGGUUUGUGUGCCGGGGGUGAGCUGGUUUACUCUCUCUCGCGUCACUUCACACACAAACGCACUCUCCUCUCCGUCUUGUGUGUUCCUUCCUGCUUGGCGACUCCACCGACACACCCCUCGACGCCCUUGCGUUUUCGCCAUGGAUCACGGCAAGAAAGUGUGGGCCCCCCACAUUCAGGAGGGGUUCAUCCUCGGCGAGAUUGUCGACUUUGGCACCGACACUCUCUCCGUGCAGCCCGCAGAUGGUGGAAAGAUCAUCGAGGCCCCUUACGAUGCCGUCUACCCUGCCGAGGAAGACGGCGCCAAGGACCAGGAUGACAACUGCGCCCUCAUGUACCUGAACGAGGCCACCCUCCUGCACAACCUUCGCCGUCGUUUCAUGAACGACAAGAUCUACACCUACACGGCCAACAUUCUCCUGGCCAUCAACCCAUACCACACGCUCGACAUCUACUCCUCGGAGAACAUUGCCAAGUACCGCGGUGUCUCCCUCGGUGUCCUGCCGCCCCACGUUUACGCCAUUGCCGAUAAGGCGUACCGUGACAUGCGCAACCUGCAGCUGAGCCAGGGCAUUGUUGUGUCUGGCGAGUCUGGUGCCGGUAAGACCGAGUCCACCAAGCAUCUGCUGCGCUACCUGACGGAGUCGUACGGUGGCGGUGGCGCCGUCGAGAACCUGGAGAGCCGCAUCCUUGCCGCCAACCCCUUCCUCGAGUCCUUUGGGAACGCCAAGACCACCCGCAACAACAACUCGUCCCGCUUUGGCAAGUUUGUUGAGCUGCACUUCAACCGCAACUACCUCGUCUCCGGCGCCCACAUUGAGCACUACCUGCUGGAGAAGAGCCGCAUCAUCGACCAGUCGGACAAGGAGCGCAACUACCACGUCUUCUACCGCAUGUGCAAGGGCGCCCCAGACUCGAUGAAGCAGGCGCUCAACCUCGGCGACGUGGCCUCCUUUGCCUACCUCAAGAAGGGCAUCACGGGCGACAUCCAGUUCCUCGACGACGUCAAGGACUUUGCCGUCAUGGAGAAGUCCAUGAACGACUGCGGCCUCGACGCCAAGGAGAAGGCCGACGUCUUCCGCAUCUCCGCCGCCGUCCUGCACAUUGGCAACGUUGGCUUUGAGGAGAGCGGCGACGGCUCCAGCGUCAGCGGCGACACCAUGGGCUCGCUCGAGGGCGUGGCCAAGGUGCUCGGCCUGGAGAAGGACGCCCUCAACGACGCCCUCUGCUACAACACCAUCAACAUCCCCGGCUCGGGCCCCUCCAAGAAGGGCAAGCCCGUUGCCGAGGCCUCGUACGGCCGCGACGCCCUGGCCAAGGCCCUCUACUCCAAGCUCUUCGACUGGAUUGUCACCCGCAUCAACAAGUGCUUCCCCUUUGACAAGUCCGAGAGCUUCAUCGGCGUGCUGGACAUUGCCGGCUUUGAGUACUUUGAGGUCAACUCGUUUGAGCAGUUUUGCAUCAACUACUGCAACGAGAAGCUGCAGCAGUUCUUCAACGAGCGCGUCCUCAAGGACGAGCAGGAGCUCUACGUCAAGGAGAGCAUCAAGUUCAAGGAGGUCGAGUACGUCGACAACCAGGACUGCAUCGACCUCAUUGAGCUCAAGCCCGAGGGCAUCCUCUCCAUGCUCGACGAGGAGUCCAAGCUGCCCAAGGCCACCGACGGCAACUUCACCGAGAAGCUCCACGCCAAGCACAAGAACCACUUCCGCCUGCAGCUCCCGCGCAAGUCCAAGAUGGCCUACUACAAGAAGCUGCGCGACUCGGAGGGCUUCAUCAUCCGCCACUUUGCCGGCGCCGUGUGCUACCAGACGGACGGCUUCAUCGACAAGAACAACGACGCCCUCACCUACGACCUCUUCUCCCUCAUGGACUCGUCCAAGGACGAGUUCACCAAGCAGCUCUUCGUCCCCAGGGAGGGCGAGCCCGUGCCCAAGCAGGGCAAGAUCACCCUCAUCUCCCUCGGCAACAAGUUCAAGGUCGCCCUGGGCCAGCUCAUGGACAAGCUGCACUCCACCCGCUCCUCCUUCAUCCGCUGCAUCAAGCCCAACCAGAAGAUGCAGCCCAAGCUCUUCAGCGGCGGCGACAUUCUCUCCCAGCUCCAGUGCGCCGGUAUGGUCUCCGUCCUCGACCUCAUGCAGGGCGGCUUCCCCUCCCGUACCGCCUUCCAGGACCUCUACGACAUGUACAAGUCCGUGCUCCCGCCCGCCCUGGCCCAGCUCGACCCGCGCACCUUCGCCAAGGCCCUCUUCAAGGCCCUCGGCCUCAGCGAGGACGACUUCCAGUUUGGCGUGUCCAAGGUCUUCUUCCGCCCGGGCAAGUUUGCCGAGUUUGACACCAUCAUGCGCGCCGACCCGGAGAACCUGGCCAACCUCGUCAGCAAGGUCAUGGAGUGGCUCAUCAAGCAGCGCUGGAAGAAGAUUGCCUGGGCCACCGUGUCCUGCCUCAAGUUUGCGGCCAAGAUCCGCGCCCGCGCCGGCGCCGCCGUCACCAUGCAGAAGACCAUCCUCAUGUUCCUGGCCCGCUCCCGCCACAAGCCGCGCUACGAGGGCGUGAAGCAGCUCAACACCCUGCGCAGCCAGCUCGACGUCAUGAACGAGACGGUGGACAAGCUGGCCAAGAACAAGGAGAAGUACCAGAAGCUGGUGGCCGAGGUUCGCGACGCGCUCGAGUCUGACAUUGUCAAGGUCAAGGCGGACGAGACCAUCACGCGCGAGCAGAUUGAGAAGAUGGCGGCCACCAUGCAGACCAAGAUGGACAAGCAGCUGGCCAGCAUCAAGAAGGAGCAGGAGAAGCAGAAGCUCGCCGCGGAGGCGGAGCGCCUGAAGAAGCUGGCGGAGGAGAUGGAGCGCCAGCGCAAGGAGAAGGAGGAGGCCGAGCGCCGCCGCAAGGAGGUCGAGGAGGAGGCCCAGCGACAGAAGGAGAUGGAGCUGCAGGCCAGGAAGGAGGCCGAGGAGGAGGCCAAGCGCAUGGAGAAGAUGCGCAUCGAGAAGGAGAAGGAGGAGGCCAAUAAGAAGCUGCAGGCGAAGCGCGCCGAGGAGCGCAAGCGCGAGCACGAGGAGGCUCAGCGCCUGGAGCAGGAGCGCCGCGACCAGGAGCUGGCCAUGCGCCUCGCCCAGGACCAGGCCAACCCAGACGCCGCCCUCACGGACGAGACCAAGGACGCCAUUGCCAAGGGCCCCGCCGUCAAGCGCAAGCAGCUCACCCGCGCCACCACCUUUGCCAACAAGAAGCAGGAGGCCCUGCACAAGAAGCACGACCUGUCCAAGUGGAAGUACGCCGACCUGCGCGACACCAUCAACACGUCGUGCGACAUUGACCUGCUGGAGGCGUGCCGCGAGGAGUUCCACCGCCGCCUCAAGGUUUACCACGCGUGGAAGAUGAAGAACAUGAAGAAGAACCAGAAGCAGCCGUCGCGCACCCCGGCCGGUCUCCGUGGUGCCGCCGAGCAGCGUGGCGCCGCCCCCGCGCCGCCCAAGAAGAAGAAGUCCAAGAACGAGCGCCCGCAGCGCUACUUCCGCAUCCCGUUUAUCCGCCCCGGCGACAAGAAGCAGGGCUACCGCAAGAAGGGCUGGUGGUUUGCGCACUUUGACGGCCAGUGGAUUGCGCGGCAGAUGGAGCUGCACCCGGACCAGUCGCCCGUGCUCCUCGUUGCCGGCAAGGAUGACAUGGAGAUGUGCGAGCUGAGCCUGGACGAGACGGGCCUCACCCGCAAGCGCGGCGCCGAGAUUCUUGCCCGCGAGUUUGAGGAGGAGUGGAAGCGUCACGGCGGUCAGCCCUACGUGCGUGCUCAACCAAAGGGCAAGAAGUGAAGAGGUGCAGUGAAAGCGAGGGUGGUCAUGUCAUGAUGAAGCGAUUGUUGUCCCGCCCGCCCUACAACUUCUUUCUCGUUUGUCGUUGCUUUUAUGUGCUGUGGUUUGUGUGUCUGUGUGUGUGUUUGGUCUUCUCUGAACGAGUGUUUAGUGUGCUGUGUGUGCGUGUGCUUUUUUGUUGUCCUUUGUUCCUCUUCUCUUGCCUCAACUUCCUCUUGGGCUUUUUCUGGUUUCAGUUUGUUUGCCACAUGAAGAAAACAGUGAUGGUACUUCAGUCAACAACAGCUGUGGCAGGAUGAUGGUCCUCACAUGAGUUUCAAUGGUCGACAAGCAGGGGAGAAACAAAGCUGACGAGUUGUGUGGUUGUCAUUAACGGCGUUCAUCAGAGCUAACGAAAG